AUGUUGGAGAUGAAUUUUACCAUGCCAACUGAAUUUCUCCUUGUUGGAUUCACAGAUUAUCUCCCUCUCAGAGUUAUACUAUUCUUGGUAUUUCUCAUAGUCUAUACACUAACUUUGGUGGGAAAUAUGAGUUUAAUAAUCCUAGUUAAUAUCAACUCAAGUCUUCACACCCCCAUGUAUUUUUUUCUCAGCAACCUGUCUUUCUUAGACAUCUGCUAUUCUUCAGCAAUCACCCCUAAAAUGUUGGUGAAUUUCUUAGCCUCCCGGAAAAGCAUCUCUCCUUAUGGCUGUGCCAUACAAAUGUUUUUCUUUGGUUGUUUUGCUGAUGCUGAGUGCCUUAUUCUAGCAGCAAUGGCAUAUGACUGUUAUGCAGCCAUCUGUAACCCCUUGCUCUAUUCCACACUUAUGUCCAGGAGAGUCUGUGUCUGCUCCAUCGUGUUGGCCUACUGCAGUGGAAGCAUGACUGCGAUGGUACACGUAUGCCUCACGUUCAGGCUGCCAUUUUGCGGCUCCAAUAUUGUGAAUCAUUUUUUCUGUGAUAUCCCACCUCUCCUAGCUUUGUCGUGUUCCGAUACCCAUAUCAAUGAGCUUUUGCUCUUUGCCUUGUGUGGCUUCAUUCAGACAAGCACUUUUGUGGUCAUAUGUAUCUCUUACACCUGUAUCCUUAUCACUGUUUUGAGCAUCAAGUCCUCAGGGGGCAGGAGCAAAACAUUCUCCACCUGUACUUCCCAUUUCAUAGCAGUCACGCUAUUCUACGGAACGCUCCUGUUUAUGUACUUACGUCCCACGACCAGCUAUUCCCUAGACACAGACAAGGUCGUUGCGGUGUUUUAUACUGUUGUCUUUCCCAUGUUUAAUCCAAUAAUCUACAGCUUCAGAAACAAGGAUGUAAAGAAUGCCCUCAAAAAGCUAUUAGAAAGAAACUGGCUUUUAAAUGAAUAA